AUGAAUGAAACUAAUUUAACAUCGAUUAUAUUCGGUAUUAUUGUUGGUUUUUAUAGUACAAUAUUUCUUCUUUGUCUAUCUGAUAUUGUAUAUUUAAGUAAAGAAAUGAUAAAAAUAAGAGAUGAAUUAGAUGAUAUUCGAAAUAUAUAUACAAAUCAAAGUUUAUUUAACCAAAUAACAUCUAUUAAUUAUUCUCAUAGUAAAAAUUCAUUAAUAUCAUGUACAACAAAAAAACUUUCUGGUCAAUUUUGUUUAUCAUAUAAUGAACAACGUCAAAUACUUGAUUAUAUUAAUUUUAUAUGUAAUAUGUCAAUACUUAUAUUUACUAGUUAUUCACUAUAUAUUUAUGGUAUUGGUACACAGCAUGGUUUAAAAUAUCGUUUUAUUUUUUUUCUUUUUAAAUUAUUUAUUAUAAUUCUAUCAAUAUGGCUUAAUUUAUAUUUUAAACAAGGUUUACCAAAUGAUAUAUUUCUUUAUAUAUGGAUAGAUCUUAAUUGUAUUGUAUCAAUAUAUCGUAGUUUAUGUCAAACAAUAUGA